GGGAAACAAAAAAAGAAAAGAAAAAAGAAAAAAAAAGUCAAUCCUUUUGGGGGAGGGGAGAUGAUCGUGCUGAUGUGGAAUAAGUGCUCCUGCUGUCUCCUCUUACUAGCCGCGGUCCUGAUCGUGGAGAGCUCCCAGCUAGACAGCUCCAGCUCCAAGGUGAACUCCAUCAAGUCCACCCUGAUGGGGGAGGCUCCAACUCAGGCAACCAACAGAUCUGCAGGCAUCCACCAGGGACUGAUGCUUGCUAGCAGUAAGAAGGGCAAAAUGCUAGAGCAGAUGGGAAAACCUCCCAAGCACUAUCACCGGCGAGGAGAGGCCUACCCUUGCAGUAACGACAAGGAGUGCGAGGUUGGGCGCUACUGCCACAGCCCCCACCAAGCCACGUCCGCGUGCAUGAUGUGCCGGAGGAAGAAGAAGCGCUGCCACCGGGAUGGGAUGUGCUGCCCCGGGAACCGCUGCAACAACGGUAUUUGCACACCUGUUACUGAAAGCAUCCUUACUCCUCACAUCCCUGCUCUAGAAGGGCCACGCAACAAGAAGAACGGUCAUUAUGCAAGUAAGGAUUUGGGCUGGCACAACCUGGGGAGGCCCCGGUCCAAACUGUCACACAUAAAAGGACAUGAAGGCGAUCCCUGCCUACGGUCAUCAGACUGUAUUGAGGGACACUGCUGUGCUCGCCAUUUCUGGACCAAAAUUUGCAAGCCUGUGUUGCAUCAGGGGGAGGUGUGCACCAAACAGCGCAAGAAAGGGUCCCAUGGACUGGAGAUUUUCCAACGAUGUGACUGUGCCAAGGGUUUGUCUUGUAAAGUAUGGAAAGAUGCAACCUCCUCUUCUAAAUCAAGACUUCAUGUGUGCCAGAAGAUCUGAAUGAGGAUUGGGAAGAUAGUAUUCAAUGACUGUGGCUUUAUGUGUUUAAUGCAUUGUGGCGUGGUGGAAAAAGGGAACUGUAAAUGAAAGUGGAAUGGCUAAAGUAGCAGUUAGAGUAUAAGUCACACCAAAUGCAUUUCUUUUUGAGCUGGUGGUAAAUACAAGUGUAGCUGGAGUUCACCUACUGCGCAGUUCUCCUGUAAAUAAUUCUACAGUUUGUGGGAAAUGCUAGUAUGCAAACAAGUAGAGUGGAAAUGAAUGUCACUUACCUUGCUGUGUUGUCCCAUAGUGUUUCAGGGUUCAGUGUUAGGGCUACAGUGGAUCUCCAGCGUGGUAAGGAUUUUCUACAGAAAUUGUAUACAUUGUACUCCUAUAGGAAGCAGUGCAUGCCAGGAAGAUUCAUCUGUCAACACAUUAUUGGCCGCAUUGCAGGUGUGAGAAAUGGAAAUAAAGUUACUGUGAAUGUUCACAUGCGCUGGUUAUUCAGGGCUGACACUUCAGCAUGGAAGCACUCCUGCAGGACAAGAGUGCUAUGUUUUGCAGGCCCUUGUGAAGAAGGUAAAAACUGGCAACUUCAAAAUUUCAAGAGAGCAGCAGUUUAUCUGAGAGGAGGAAUUUACACAGGGUUUUGUUUCCAAUACAUGGGUAAAUUGAAAUGCUUUAUGUAGUUCAAUGUCAUAGUAAGGCACUUAAUCACUUGUAUUUUCCUCAGUUUACUGCUAAUAUACAUUGGGUUGAACAGAUGAAGCAAAUAUGUGUGCAUGCUGAAUCCAGAAUUAUAUACAGGGAGUUCCUCAUUAGUUCUAAAUAUACUUUCCUUGCCUAAGCAUUCUUGCAUUAUACACAUUUCCAAAAGAAAGAGCAGAGGGUUGAAGUGCUUAUCAUGAAGAGCUUUGAAGUUGUUUCUCUGUUGCUGUUAUAAUAUAAUAUAUAUAACACCUCAACAUUUGUUGAGGUGUUUCAAGCAUACUGCUACAAACUCAAAUAUUUACGUUUUAUGGCACUCUGCAGCAGGAUAAUGGAUUUGUUCUCCAGACAGCAAAGAAAGAGGAGUUUGGUCUUGUGAGCACCUCCUCUCCUGCAGAAGAGGAUGUAAGAAGAUGGCAUGACCACAAAUGACUUGUUAAACAUUUUGUGAUGUCACAGCAUACCAGCCUCCAGCAUGCAUUCAGCCUGAAACUGAUGUCCUCUCCCUCUGGAAUGUUCUGCCAGGAAUGACAGAAAUAUAGACUGUGGAAACAGCUGCCAAGCCUACAUUGUUUGUGUACUGGUUAAAAAAAAAAAAGGACAGCCUCUGUCCCUUGACUUGUCUCCCAGGUCUUUUCAAAUUUUUAAAAUUUUACUUAUUUGCAAAUAUUCCUUUGUAUAAACUUUGGUAAAGAGACUGAUAUUACUUUAAAGAAGUCUGAUUCUAUAAUUGACCUACUGCUAAGUUGUAAUUACCCAUUUAUAAUUACCCAUUUUCAUUUUCUGUAAUACAAGUGACUUUUCUGUUUGUUCAGUUCUGCACAAUGUGGGUAGGCCACUAAGUAGUUUAACACACAACCAUUACCUGACACAUUUUUCCACCUGUGGGAUGCUUUAAAGCUUUAGCUUAGCUACACACUUGACUCAGCUUCCCUAAUUAGAACAUAGAUCUUCAUUGCCCUUAUGUUCCUUAAGAGUCUAGAGCAGAAGGGUAUUUCACACACAUCUUUCCCUACUGGAAACAGCUCUUCUUACUCCAGCAUUUUCCAAUGUCUCUGGAACAGGAAUAAGGCUCAGAAAUUUCAAAGUAUUGUAAAAGUUGAGGAACCAAUUUUGUAAGUUUUAUUUACUCAGAAGAAGAACUCAAUUGCUCUCAUUGUCACUACAUAUAAAAGAAAAUGAUACCCAGCAUGAGCAGAGGGGUUGCAGAAAUAUGGUCCCAGCUUUUUUUAGCUCUUCUUAUUGGCCUACCUGCCAUUUUGCUCUUGCAAAACCACAGUUAUUUGGGAUAAUUUAUUUACAGGAAAUUUUUAAUGAGAUGUAUUUUCUUAUAGAGAUAUUUCUUACACAAAGCUUUGUA